CCCUCAUACGGUUAAUUUUCGAGUCUGCCAAUGUAUCACGGCCUCGCCCUGAAAAAUCUUCAGCGUUCAGAACCACAGCAAUGGCCAUCGCUACCUUAUUCUUCCUUCCAAAUUCUCCCUUUAGUCAUAAACCCAUAAAAGCAAUUUCCUUUUCCACUCCAAAGUCCCAAAUACACGAACCAUUUCAAACGCAAGUCCAGACCCGCACAGAGAAUCCCGCCAGUUAUGUUACCAUCCACAAUCCGAAGGCCGUGGUGGCUCUAUUCGGAGCGGGUCUGACUCUGAGCUUAAUUGGACCCGCCUCAGCGGCGGAGCUACCGUUGCUGGGUUCCACACUGCAAUUUGUUGAGCCCGCCAAUGCUCUCUCCCUGCCCACCUGGGCCAUACACGUGUCCAGUGUGGUCGAAUGGAUUACAGCGAUGGCUUUGGUGUGGCAAUACGGGGAACAAUCAGGGUAUGAAUCUUGGAAAGGACUCGCCUGGGGGAUGGUACCGUUGCUUGGUGGAGCAUUUUGCGCAUGCACAUGGCAUUUCUUUUAUAACUCCGAAUCUCUUGAGGUAUUGGUAGCUCUUCAAGCAGCAUUAACAGUUAUAGGUAAUGCCACAAUGUGCAUUGCUGCAUUCCGUAUAUACAAAGCAUCAGAAGAGAGCUCCAAGAAUCUCUGAAGGAUCUCUACACGAGUACUUAUGUAUGUAGCUUACCCUCUUCCUUGUUUUCUUGCCCUCCAGUUGUGUAGGUAAUAUUACUCUUCUUGGUAGGGCAGCAAUCUGGCUAAUAAUUUUCAAGGAAAACGGAGCAGUGUAGAGAAAUAGUGAUAGUUGUUUUCUUCGGCAUGUGUUUGUGUGGUAUGUGCAGGGGAACUGAAAAAUUGCUGGAAGUUUCCUUAUUCACGAUGAAGUUGAUUUUCACGAGGUUUAUAAUUGAAUUAUGGAUUUAAGUCUUUCCCAUGGUUGGGAGGAAUGUCAAUCUGAUGCUAGCGUGCUUUCAGCUGGUCUAAUUGUUUGGAGCAUCUUCAUGAUCGCAAAAUUCCAUGUACUUGGAUAAAUCAUGUGUAUGUGUAGCUUUUUAUUUUUUCAACAGUUCAGAUAAAAUUAUUGUAGAGUUUCCAGUGUA